ACAGAGCAGCUCCUUUCUAUAAAUACCAGCCGUCUGCCCUUCUCUGGGUCUAGGUUUUUUUUUCUCUUCUGAUUUUUGGAAAACGCUUAGCACUAUGUCGGAAACGGCGCCUGUUGCAGUUCCUGCUGUCUCCGCUCCUGGGGCAAAAACCUCAACAAAAAAACCGAAGAAGGCAGCAGCUAGUUCAAAAGCCCGCAAGUCUCCAGGUCCCAGCGUGACCGAGCUGAUCACCAAGGCGGUGUCCGCUUCCAAGGAGCGCAAAGGGGUCUCGCUGGCAGCUCUUAAGAAGGCUCUGGCCGCCGGAGGGUACGAUGUGGAGAAAAGCAACAGCCGCAUCAAGCUGGGGCUCAAGAGCCUGGUGAGCAAGGGCACCUUGGUGCAGACCAAAGGCACCGGCGCAUCCGGCUCUUUUAAACUCAACAAGAAGCCUGGUGAUACCAAGGAAAAGGCUCCCAAGAAGAAGCCAGCGGCAAAGCCUAAGAAACCAGCUGCCAAGAGACCCGCCAGCGCCGCCAAGAAACCCAAAAAGGCUGCGGCCGUGAAAAAGAGCCCGAAAAAAGUCAAGAAACCGGCAGCUGCUGCAGCUAAAAAAACGCCCAAGAGCCCGAAAAAGGUGAAAGCGGCCAAGCCUAAGAAGGCAGCCAAGAGCCCUGGUAAGGCUAAGGCGGUGAAGCCAAAGGUGGCCAAGCCUAAGCCCACGAAGGCUAAAGCCACUAAGGCUAAGAAAGCAGCGCCCAAGAAGAAGUAAAAGGGCUAGAAAGAAAUUUGCCACGCAGAGAAAUCCAACGGCUCUUUUAAGAGCCACCCAUCCUCUCGUAGAAGAGCUGAAACACCAAUGCCUUACAUGAUACACCUGGGGCUUGACUUGCAGAAGUUCUGAGCAUUCACAGCUGCAAACAAGGCCAAUGGGAGUUCUGCUCCGAAUAUGCUCAGUGUGUUAUAACUUCCUGAAGACUGAGUCCAUCCAUACUCAAACUACGUGGUGAUCUCCGAACACACAUUGCUCAAGGGCCCUGAAAAGCUCCUGCGGAUUAAAAACAACAGCAACAACAACAAAACCCGUCUAUCAGAGAACAGUGGAGGAUGAGGAAUGAGGAAGGGCGACACGUUUUUCAACGGCUUUUGAGAAGCCCCUUCGGAUAAUAUUCACCCAUGCUUUCCAAAGAUAUGACGGCUUUGGAAAACACAGGGGAGAGACGAUGCGUCCGGAAACCUGACUGGUCAGAUUUUGAUGCCGUCUGUAAAUGCUUGCAAUUCAGCGGAGGGUUUUUUAAAAAUAGCCACAAAUACGAAGACUUCUUGAUGGAAGACCCUCCAGAAAGGAAGAUAAUAAGCUAAGGACAAAUAAAACAUUCAGUUGGAAAGUGGCUCUUAUUUUAUACAAUUCACAGAGACGGGCGAUAUUGCCUGAGACCGCAGGGUUGCGUUGCAAUCCUAAUUACUGGAAGCAUGACUUUUUCACGGAUUCCAAGGCCAGAAGGAAUCAUUGUGAUCAUCUAGUUUUGACAUUGUGUCUCAGUAUUACGAACGAACCAUCAGUUUUAUCUUCCUUCUUUCACUCAAAUCUCGGGGAAUGUAACUAGAGCAGUAUCCCCCUAUCAACGACGGCAACUGGGCGGGAAGAGAAGAGA